GCUGGUGCCGUGUACCUUCACCUGGCCGAUUGGGCUGUCGAUAGGGGCCUUCAGGGCGUCCAUCUGGCAGGUGCCCUGGCAGAGGAAGGUUGCCGCAAGCUGGUGCAGAAGAGCGCCAGCCUAGACUUGGACGCCUGCCACCAGGUUCCCGCGCCUGUGCGCAGGAAGCUGAAGAAAUGGUCCGGGCUCGCGAGCCAGGCGAUGUCGCGAGAUAUUCCCCGCCCACCUCCUGAGGAGGUCGUGCGGCUGCGGGCCAGGAUCGCACCAGACCGUGUGCCAGUGCUGUGCGAACCCUCGCGGCAUGCGAACUUGCCGAAGAUCAGCCAGCGCAAGUUCGCUGUGCCGGGCAGCAUGCUCUGCGGAGAGUUCAAGUACAUGGUUCACAAGCACGUCAUGCAAGCAAUUGGCAAGCAGAGUGCAAACGCGGAGCAGACGCUCUACAUUUUCGUUGAUGGUGUUAUGCCGAAGAGCAGUGAUCGAAUGGGAGACCUCUACGAGCGUUGGAGCGCUGAUGACGGUUUCUUGCACGUGAGGUAUUGUGCAGAAAACACUCUGGGCAUGCAGCAGCGCCGUCAUUCUGAUUGA